GCAGAGGAAAAGGCAGCGUGAGGAGUGAAUAGAGACGUCGGCCCUUUCGUCUUCCGUUUGCUCUCUCUCCCUUCCCAUUCACCCAAAGCAGGCCCUUUUCCCCUCCGAUCUCCUCGGAAACCCCUGCGGCUACCGCCCGAAGCACAUGGGAUCGCUCGGAUCUCUCGGCUGACCCGUCUACUUGCGGCGAUUAGUGCUUUUUCUGGGUUUUGGAGAGGGAUCGCUCUGAUUCUGAGGCGACCAUUUGUUCUUUUGCGAUUACGUAUGAACUGGUUCGUGAACCUGGGGUUGAAUUCGAACUCGAAUCACUUCGCCACUUGCCUCCUGAUAUUUAUUCUCCAUUAUUCCCCUCAAUCGUCCCCCUCGAUUCUGGACUCGAGGAGUCGCUGGAGCUGCGAUCGCCGGUCUUGGAGUCAUGGAGAACCGCUGUGAUAUCAACGGUGUCAAAAAAGCCUCUUAUUAUUUAAAUGCUGAGGAACAGCGGCCUCGUUCUCCUUCUGCCAUCGUCAUCGGUGGUGGGUUUGCAGGGAUUGCAGCUGCUUAUGCACUGAAGAAUGCAUCUUUCAAGGUUGUGCUUUUAGAAUCACGGGAUAGAAUUGGUGGUCGAGUUUACACUGACUACUCAUUUGGUUUUCCCGUUGACAUGGGGGCAGCUUGGUUGCAUGGCGUUUGCAAAGAAAAUCCUUUGGCACCGUGGAUAGGAAGACUUGGCCUACCAAUUUAUCGAACAUCUGGUGAUAAUUCUGUUUUGUUUGAUCAUGACCUAGAGAGCUAUGCACUUUUUGAUGCUGAUGGACGGCAAGUCCCACAAGAACUAGUCCAAAAAGUUGGUGAGGUGUUUGAAAGUAUUUUAGAAGAGACUGAUAAACUUAGGCAUGAAACAAGUGAAGACAUGUCUAUAGCCCAAGCUAUUACACUUGUUCUGGAGAGACAUCCAGAUCUAAGGCAAGAAGGCGUCGCAAACAAUGUGCUGCAGUGGUACCUUUGCAGAAUGGAAGGUUGGUUUGCUACAGAUGCUAACAACAUCUCGGUAAAGAACUGGGAUAAGGAAGUUUUGCUCCCUGGCGGUCAUGGACUUAUGGUUCGUGGCUACCGACCUGUCAUUAACACACUUGCAAAAGGUCUUGACAUUCGUCUCCACCACCAGGUUACAAAGAUAGUGCGGGGUAAAAAGGGAGUAGAGGUCACUGUCAGCAGUGGUAAAGCAUUUUUUGCUGAUGCUGCUAUCAUAACUGUACCCUUGGGGGUUCUCAAGGCCAAAUCCAUCAAAUUUGAACCAAGACUUCCAGAAUGGAAAGAAGAAGCAAUAGAUGGUAUUGGAGUCGGGACAGAGAACAAAAUCGUUUUGCACUUCAACAAGGUUUUCUGGCCAAAUGUGGAGUUUCUUGGAGUAGUCUCACCUACUUCAUAUGGUUGCAGCUAUUUCCUUAAUCUUCACAAAGCGACUGGCCAUCCUGUUCUUGUUUACAUGCCUGCAGGUCGCCUUGCUAAUGAUAUUGAGAAAAUGUCUGACAAGGCUGCUGCUGAAUUUGCCUUUAGUCAGCUAAAAGGGAUCCUCCCAGACGCAUCUGAACCGAUUCAGUAUCUCGUGUCACACUGGGGGACAGAUGAAAAUUCACUCGGCUCUUAUACCUACGAUGCAGUUGGGAAACCUCGUGAAUAUUUCGAGAGGUUGCGUAUCCCGGUGGACAACAUCUUCUUUGCCGGGGAAGCUACAAGCAUCAAGUAUACCGGCACGGUACACGGUGCCUUCUCCACAGGGUUGAUGGCAGCUGAAGAAUGCCGCAUGCGUGUCCUAGAAAAAUACGGGGACCUAGACACACUGGAGACGUUCCACCCAGCUAUGGGUGAAGAAGCUGCAUCAAUCUCAGUCCCCUUGCUGAUCUCCCGGAUGUAACUCAACCAUUACCUAGAAUCCUAGUGUUAAAAACAUGUAGUUCUCUAACCAUUCCAUUGAUUGCCUGAAAAGUAACACAAGGAAAAUUAUUGUUUUACCUUGUAAUUUUUCAAGCAUGUGGUAUGUGUUAUGUGCUACACUGUGACACAGUAUCAAUAAGUAUUUGCACUGUAUUCACCCACCGUAUCCAAGGAGGGUUUAUAGAACUCAUGAUAAUUUUGCUUGCUGUAAAACCUUAUCGAAGUUAAAAGACCAAGGUAUAAAAUGUUGAUGGUUAAUGUA